AUGAGUUUAUAAACAAGGUCAAUGGAAAGAACAUCAGCAGGUGAAAAAUAAUAGACAUGGCACUAAUAUAGAAUAUUUAUAGAAGAAGUUAAUUCAUUAAUUGGUUCAGCUUUAGUUGAAGAAUUUAGGAAUGAUAAUGAAAAUGAUGUUAAUCCAAAUAUUAUUGUUGGAAAUGGAGAAAAUUUACCCAGAGGAGCAACCAAAUUAAUUAAUGCUGCAGAUCCAAAAGAAUUAGGUUAAAUAGUCUUAGAUUGUGAUAUUGUAAUAUUUCAUCAGAAUUAUUGCAGAGCUGAAUAUGCUUACAAAUUAUUAAAGCAUGGGUAAUACUAAUAGACAAAAACUUUUAUUUUAAUAAGUAAUCCUAUGACUUGGUCAACUACACCAUUAAAAGAAAGAAAAAUUGAUGAAACUGCUAUAAGAUAAUCUAUGGGAGGGGAUACAGAAGAUUAACCAAUUUUUAAAAAGUAUGAUAAAUUUACUGAAAAUGAUCUUCCUAUUAGAAAAAUUAAUUUUUUAGAAAGAUUAAAGCAUUUAGAGCAAUAAAUUAUUGUCUGUGACAAACCUUUAUUACAUGCAUACAUAAUAACUCCAGGUUUAGUAUAUGGAAAUGGAGAGGAUAUUUUAUACGAUUUAUUUAAAACUGCAUGGAUGACUCCUGAUGCAGAGUUGCCAAUUUAUGGAGAUGGAAAUAAUAUUAUACCUAUGAUUCAUGCUAAUGAUUUAGCAAAUAUUGUGAAUAAAACAGUUACACUAACCCCAAAUGAGAAGUAUAUUUUUGCAGUAGAUUAUGAAAAUAUGACUUAAAAGAAGCUAAUUAAUACAAUUGCUAAAUCUGUUGGUAAUGGUUUUACAAAAAAUGUUACAACAGCAACUGAAAAAUUGCUCACCAUAAAUGUUUGGCUUAGACCAACCUAAGUAUUUGAGUCUGAUGAUCAAUAUAUUGAUGCUAAUAAAAAUCCAAUAAUACUAUGGCAAUCCAAAGAAGGAUUUACAAAAAAUAUAAUAAAAAUCAGAGAAUAAUUUAAACAAUAUAGAGGUUUAGAUACUGUUAAAUUAAUCGUACAUGGAGGAACCACUUCAGGAAAAUCAAAUCUUUGCAAAUAAUUAGCUAACUUUUAUAGAAUACCUCAUAUAUAAAUCAAACCCUUAAUUUAAGAAUUAAUUGAAUAAUAAUCAGAAUUAGGGGAAUUAGUAAGGAAUACUUUAACAUAAGUAAAAGAUUAACUAGUUGCAGAAGCAUUAGCUAUUUUUGAAGCAGAGAAAAAAAAAAAAAAGGUUCCAAAAGGUUAGCCAGAACCUGUAUUUGAUCCAAGUGGCAUCUAACCAAGACUUCCUGAUUCAGUCUUAAUAUAAGUUUAUAAGUGGAGAUUGGACUAAAAUGAUGCUUAAAAUUUAGGUUAUGUUUUGGAUGGUUUUCCUAAGACAUUAGAAUAAUAUGAAAAACUAUUCUUAAAUGAGGAAGGCUAAUUAAUAGAAUCAAUUAAGCCAAAAGGUGUGAUUUAUUUAGAAUAUACUGAUGAUUAAUUAAAAGAAAGAGCAAAAUAAAUAAAUGAUAAUCCCAGAUAUUCAGAGGAUCUUGUAGUUAAAAGAUUGGCUAAUUUUAGAAAGAAUAAUGAAUAAUUGUUGUCAUAAUAUGAGUAGUUAGAUAUCAAGAGAAUUUCAGACUCAGAAAAUGCUUUUGAAUUAACUAAAGAUUUUAUUACUAGAAAUGGACCAAUUUUAGUGUUACAAGAUGUAAAAGAUGAAGAAGUAGUAUAAAUGGAUGAAUAAUAAGAUGAUGUUUCUCCCUCUCCUUAAAUUUCAUCAAUUCAACAAGAAAAGGUUGCUGCUGUUUAAUAAUCCUAAUUUCAACAAUCUUAAGUCGGGCCUAAAAAAAAAGGAGAUUAACUAAAUGUAUUACUUUAAUUUAAAUUAGAAAUCAAUAAAUGAAAGUCGAUAAUCAAAGGAUAAUAAAAAGUUAACAGAUGAGCAAAAAUAAGAUCUUAUAAGGCAAUAAGAAAGAGAACUCUUAGAUUAAAGAAGCUAACCUUUAAGACAAUAUUUAGCAGAUAAUGUAGUUCCUUUCUUAACAGAAGGUUUAAUAAAUAUAUGUGAAAAGCAUCCUGAAAAUCCACUAUAAUUUUUAGCUGAUUUUUUGGAAUAAAAAGGAAAUGAAUUAUAAGCAUUAGGACAAUGAAA